AAAAAACUUUGAAAGAAUCCAUAUUCAAAAGUCCCCCCUUUGUGAUUCUAGGGCACUGAAAAGGUAAAAAUGGAAGAAGACGACUCGAGAAGAGAAGCUGCAAUUGCAUCAACUCCUUCCUUACGACCCGAUUUCAAGCCCAACGACACCAAAAUCACCCAAUCUCAGCUAGCCAAAUUCCAAGAGCUGCACAGGAGGCGCUUGCAAUUAAAAUCAAAACCGAAGACUAAGAAAAAAUCGAAAGGGAAAGACCAUGUUAAAGAAAGUGCAGUUGAUUCAGUUGAGGAUUCUUGUGCUUCGAUUUCUGUAGAGAGCAAUUUCAACAAUAGUUUAACUCAGCAACAGGAAAUCCCAAAAGAGCUAGCAUUAAAGCACCGGAAGCUACAUUGGGGGCUUGACACAAAGGAAAGAUGGGAGAGGAAAUCCAAUAUGUAACUGCAUCUCCUCUUGCAGAUAAUGCAGAAUUGCGCAGUCAGUUGAACACGUUCACAUAUAUGUCUCUUCUGCCUCGUGGCCCAUUGCUCAUGUAAAGAGCACUACAAGAUGUUGAUAACCAUGUUUCAGUUAUGUCAGAGGGAGUCUGGAGUACUGCAGCAAUCCGAACAUGAGCUCAGGAAACUGUAACUGCAUGUUAUACAUCACCCAUGGAUGUAUUUAAGAAGGAUAUAUGUCCUAGAAUCUUUUUCUUGAGUACUUAAAAUUUGUAUCUUUAAGAAUCUCAAGGUUAUACAUGAAUACAAAUUUGGUGAAUAAGUGGUGAAUAAAUACUUGUUGCUUUUCAGUAGUCAA